AUGGACUAUCUGAUCACCGAGGGCUAUCCAUCAGCGGCUGAAAAAUUUGCCGCCGAAGCCAACAUCCAGCCCAAAACGGAUUUUACUGGAAUCCAAGAACGGGUGCAGAUUCGGGAAUCUAUACAUCGAGGGGAUCUUCAGGUUGCCAUCGAACUAAUAAAUGAGUUAAAUCCGGAUCUCCUCGAUACCGACAAAAAGCUGCAUUUUUCCCUCUUACGCCUUCAGCUAGUGGAACUCAUCCGUCAAAGCUUCACUUCUUCAGAUCCAACUCUAGUCGGCCAAGCUAUAGAGUUCGCACAGAACAACCUUGCACCCUACGCACCACUAGACGCUCAGUUCAAACACGACCUUGAACGAGCCAUGGCUUUGCUGAUCGUGCCCAAGGAGUCCUGGAACCAGGCAGCCUCAUCAUCGCGAUCAUCAAGCUCGGCUGCAGCAGCACAAGUUCAGAACGACUUUGGUGCUCUCGCCGAGCUUGUCGAUCCAUCCCUGCGCCGCAAGGUAGCCAAGGACGUCAACGAAGCAAUUCUCCAGUCUCAGGACCAACGGAGAGAAGCCAACAUUCGCUAUCUCGUGCGAGCUCGCGCAUGGGCGGAGCAGCUGGCCCGUGAGAAGAAGCUCGAUAUCCCCGAGAACAUGAGCCUGGGUCUCGACAGUGACGAGCGUGCGACCGCCUCCCGAUCCAAUGGCCACAAUGGUGGCGAUACUGAGAUGACAGGAAACAACGGCGAAGAUAACACUCGCUCUGAUGACGCGGAGCUCGCUCGAUAUACAAACAUUCCAUCCUGA